CAUUUAUAUAGUAUUGAAACUUUGUCAAAGAUUGUACUCAUUCUUCAUAGAAUAAAAUAUACAAACCCAGCUAUUGUUAGCUUUCUAAUUUGGUACAUUUAUUGCUUUUACAUACACGAAAACUACUUGAAAUCCUACAUACACAAACGAGUACCAAUGUGUGUAUUUGGGUAUUAGAUAUAAAUUCAUAUACUUAUAUAAGCACUGUCCACAAUUUUCAGAGUCGAGUCCUUUCAUUUUCAACAAUCUCUUUAACUCCACUAUAGAUCCCAACUUUUCUCACUAUAAAAGGAACCCAUUUCCUCUUUCCUUCAAUCACUUUAUCUUCUUACACCAAAUCUAUCUUCAAGACUUCAACAUACUCCAUUCUCUAUAUACAACCUUUUUAAGAAAACUUUGAUUAAUCAGAUCAAAUAUUUAUAAAUUAAAACACACACACACUUUCUCAACAAUGAGAUUCUCUCUUUCUCCCGUACGUCCGCAUAGUGUAGUAGUACCUUCACUACCAAAACAGGACGUCGUUUCUUAUAUAAGUGGUACGACGUCGAAUCGUCAAUGUCGAUGUGUACUUACACUUCCUUCUCCUUCAGUUUCCACUUCCCGACCACCGGUUUUACCCAAACCGGAAACCUGGGAGAGUUUGCUGCUAAACCAUGAUCAAAUUCCAGGCGAAUUCUCACCCACUGGUUCGAGUAUCCCGGUUAAGCUUGGCCGGAGAUGGAUGGAGUAUCAGGGGCUUCAAAAUUGGGACGGUCUUUUAGACCCAUUGGACGACAAUCUCCGGCGAGAGAUUCUCCGGUACGGUCAAUUUGUCGAAUCGGCUUAUCAAGCAUUUGAUUUCGAUCCUUCCUCUCCAACCUACGGGACAUGCCGGUUUCCGAGGAGCACGUUGUUAGAGCGAUCCGGUUUACCCAACUCCGGUUAUCGACUAACGAAGAACCUUCGUGCCACGUCAGGUAUUAACUUGCCACGUUGGAUUGAGAAAGCGCCAAGCUGGAUGGCUACACAAUCUAGCUGGAUUGGUUACGUGGCAGUUUGCCAGGACAAAGAAGAGAUCUCGCGGCUUGGGCGUAGAGACGUCGUCAUCUCCUUCCGUGGAACCGCCACGUGUCUCGAGUGGUUAGAGAACCUUCGCGCCACGCUGACUCAUCUCCCUAAUGGGCCUACUGGAGCAAAUCUAAACGGGUCUAACUCUGGGCCCAUGGUUGAGAGCGGGUUUUUAAGCUUGUAUACUUCAGGUGUUCACAGUUUGAGAGACAUGGUAAGAGAAGAGAUCGCAAGGCUACUCCAAUCUUACGGCGACGAGCCGUUAAGUGUAACGAUAACCGGUCACAGCCUCGGCGCUGCGAUCGCGACACUAGCAGCUUACGAUAUCAAAACGACGUUUAAACGUGCGCCUAUGGUUACCGUAAUAUCUUUCGGAGGUCCACGUGUCGGAAACAGAUGCUUUCGGAAACUCCUUGAGAAGCAAGGCACGAAGGUUCUAAGAAUCGUGAACUCCGACGACGUCAUCACCAAAGUUCCUGGAGUUGUUUUAGAAAACAGAGAGCAAGAUAACGUUAAGAUGACAGCGUCGAUAAUGCCGAGCUGGAUACAGAGACGCGUGGAGGAGACGCCGUGGGUUUACGCUGAAAUCGGUAAGGAGCUUCGGCUGAGUAGCCGUGACUCGCCGCACUUGAGCAGCAUCAAUGUGGCCACGUGUCAUGAGCUGAAAACGUAUUUACAUUUGGUAGACGGGUUUGUGAGCUCCACGUGUCCAUUCAGAGAAACAGCUCGGAGAGUUCUCCAUAGAUGAAGAUUCAUUGAUCCGACAUUCGUAACUAAUUUAAUUUUGUGCAAAGAAACACUAAACCGGGAAGAAAAUCAAGAACCGCGUAACGGUUUGAUUCGGUUAACAAAUCAAUUUCGUGACAUAUCUCUAACUUAGCGGUAGAAUUAGAAAAGAAAGUAAAGUAGAAGACAGCUCUAAAGGGCGAAAAAUGAAAAAUGUAUUGAAGCUCGUAUAAUCUCAAAUUGUUUAUAUACUGUAUAGUGUUUUUAAAAAAAAUUGCCGGUAAUUAUGAAAAUGUGGUCAUAAAUCAUAA